AUGGAGAAUCAGGACAGGAAAUGGGACUCACCAAACGACCUUGAUGAUUCGAAGGAACUUCGACAAGAAAUGUGCAGGUUUAGAAAUAAUGGCGAAGACGGUGGGCCUGCAGUGGGGAAUUUGGCCGGAAAAUGCUUAGGAAGAGAUCCGACGGCUGAGAUUGCGGCCAUUGGUCUGAAAGAGAAGCUUCCAGUGAGCGUUGUGGGAAAUGUUUCGCGAAUCCAGAAAAAUGUAAUCAUACAAACACACAUCAACCAGUACAGAGGAAGGAAUCCAGUGACCGCUCACGAGCUUAAGAGAAUUCGCCUUCUCCUGCAAGCUAUCGAGCAAGCUAUCGAAACUCUUCUUGAAGGACUCGACCCCUUCCAGCUCAAGUUGAGCUCCAACUUCACUCCAAUCGACACCCAAUUUUUCGAGAGCGCUGUAAAUGCCUUUGGCUUCUGGGAUAUUGGAGUCGAUAGUCCUUGCAACAGAGCCAUGAUCGAUGAAUGCUUGGAGUGCUUGAUCGGGCAUAGUGGAAACCUAAGGCGUAGAGAGAAUAGAAAGUACAAUCAGAUAUCAAGUGCCUCGGGUGUCCCAAUCUUCUCGAGCACCUUAUCAACAAGCGUAUCCACUCGACUCACAAAGAAUGAAGCAACACUCGUGACUCUCGAGAGAUCACUGAGGCCCGAAGCCUCAAGACCAUCCAGAAGGAAAUUUUACCGCUGGGUUGCUAGUUACACCUCUGACUCCGCUUUCGAUCAGUGGAAUAAGAUCAGUCACCGGACGGCAUAA